UAUCGAUAUAACGUAAAUCAAUAUAAUAUGAAAUAACGGUUAUGAAAAAAACAUGUGUCUCAAAAAGUUAACGCGAGGCUUCCAUUAUUCAAAAUGUUGUGCUUUAUUAAAGAUGUAUAUUGUUCCUCUCUUUGCCUAAAGAUCGAUUUAAUUUACUAAAACCGUGUUAUGCUUAGAAUAGAUAAUAGCACGCAAUCUGAGCUUCGUUAAUAUUACAAUAGUUAUGUGUGUCCUUUGUUCUAUCUGAUAUACGAGGAAAAACGAACUGUGUACUUUUCAGAGCGUCUUAUACACAUUGCUUCUAAAAAACUCAACACUAUUUCAACACUUUCUCUUCAAAGUAUUCUAUAUUAAAAAUAUAACUUUGAUAUAAUCAUUCACAGUCGUAAACAUAUCAAUUAAUAAGAAAACUCGAGAUAAAAGAUGGAAGAAGAAAUCUCUGUGCAAGUGGAAGACAACUUGUCCUCAAUAGAGCAUACUUUACGUCCAGUAGUAUUUGUCUCUUGGUUCCUAGGCGUCGGCGUUGCACGUCCACAAAAGUGUCCUAAAACUGUUACGAUAAUCCUACGUAUCAUUCACUUUGGAGUAUGUUCCGUUAUCGUGGCUUACGGUGCGAUAGAUUUCUUCACCUUUGGUAACGUCUUCAAAAGCGAUAUAUUCAAGAUCAUGUACUACAUGAACAAAGUGAUGUGUUAUGUAUCGGCGUAUUAUUAUGUUUAUCACGGUAUUAGGCAAUACAAUAAGUGGCCUGAAUUAAUGAACAAAAUGAAGAAUCUCGAUCAUAAGAUCAGAAGAGAAACAUUUGUGAACAAUCAACCGAUAAAAAAUGUCGAAGUACUGGCUAUUCUCACGACAUUCGCUUGCGGACCUUUAUCUCUAAUCAUACAUGCUGUGUAUUAUUAUUUUACACAUCCCGAAGAUAUUUUCGCAUCCGACUUGCUGCUUUAUUAUACGAUAUCUCAAUCAUUGAUCAAUAGUUUCAUCUUUGAUAUUAUCGUUUAUGUGCUGUACCAUAGAUUUCAAACGAUAAAUGAAUUAAUCGUGCAAUUAGAUAAGCAAUUUAAUGCAUCAUGGAUUACGCAUAAAAUCAGAUGCAUCAGAGAACUACACACGGGAAUUUGUGAUUUAGUCAUCAUGAUAAACGAUAUUUACGGUUUUCAUCUUCUCCUUUGCUCGGCAAAUUGUUUCACCAUGGUCGUGGCUACGCUAUUCAGAAUUUAUAUGGGCGUUGUAGAAAAAAAUUACGCAUUCAUGCUGAUAAAUAAUAUUCUUUGGAUUUUAUACAUUGUGCAAUUCGGCCUAAUGUGUUGGAUUUGUACGCUCGCGCGUCAAGAAUCUGACAAAACCGGAAUAAUUAUGUAUACGAUUGUAUUAAAUUAUAACGCUGCGAAUCUUGAUAAACUAAACGGUACAAGAAAUCAAUCAAAUCUGGAAGUACCACCGGAAAACCAAGACGGCGAGCAAGAUUUUACAAAUAGCAGUUAUAAUCUAAACUACAUUGCCAUAGAAAAUCUCCUGCGUAAAAACCUAGAUCGAGACUGUGUCAGAAACGAGGUUAAUGAUUUUUCGAUUCAAUUACAACAGCAUCGAGUAGCAAUUACUGCUUGCAACUUUUUCGAAAUGAAUAAUGCUCUACUUAGUGGUUUCAUCGGUGUGAUUACCACUUAUUUAAUAAUCCUCGUUCAAUUUUAUCGACCUGAAUAUCGAAACAUAUAAUCCAAUAGGAAACGCUUAUAAGAAAUUCUUCGCGCCUUAAAAAAUAGCGUUAAAAAAUAGAAAAGAUAAAGAUAAUUAUAUCUUCUUCCUACAAAUAUUAAUUUAUAUAUACAAAAUAUUUAAACUAAACUAAUAUAUAUAUAUAUAUAUAUAUAUAUAUAUAUAUUAUUUAUUAAUUUCUAAUAAAUAUUAUAAGUUUAUCAUUAUAUCAAAAUUAACUCUUCAUAAUCUUUAAAAAAUAAAAAAUUUUAUUUUACUACAAAUAAACUAAAUAGU